CCUGAUGAAGCUUAUAAAAUAGAUUGGGAGAAUGCAGUCACCAAGACAAGGCAUCUCCAAUUGGAGGAUUUUGCAAAUGAAAACUGCCUUCAUCUUGAUUUUUUAAAAAAGGUAGGCCACCCAGCCCCAAGAUGGUGACGGUACUAGUGCUGCUGCUUUCUGCCCUGGCUGGCCUCUUCGGGGUGGCGGAGGGACAAGCAUUCCAUCUUGGGAAGUGCCCGACUCCUCCAGUGCAGGAGGAUUUUGACGUAAAUAAGUAUCUUGGAAGAUGGUAUGAAAUUGAGAAGAUCCCACUGAGCUUUGAGAAGGGAAGUUGCAACCAAGCCAACUACUCACUAAUGGAAAACGGAAACAUCAAAGUGAUAAAUCAGGAGAUGAGGCCUGAUGGAAGUGUGAAUCAAAUUGAAAGUGAAGCCACCCAGGGCAACCUCACAGAACCCGCCAAGCUGGGAGUUAAGUAUUUCUGGUUGAUGCCCUUGACUCCGUACUGGGUCCUGGCCACCGACUAUAAGAACUACGCCCUCGUCUACUCUUGUACCACCAUCAUCUGGCUUUUUCAUAUGGAUUAUGUUUGGAUCUUGGGGAGAAAUCCUUACCUCCCUCCAGAAACAGUGACCCAUCUGAAAGAUAUCUUGGCCUCUAAUAACAUUGACAUCGAGAAAAUGACUAUCACAGAUCAGGUGAACUGCCCUGACUUCCUGUAAGUAGGCUCUAAAAGGGAGGCUACAUCCUCUCCAAGUUCCUUCUUUUGCUUUGCUUUUCCCCACCCCGCCCCUCAUAAAGAUAAACCAGGCAACCAUGGCAAACCACUGUAAAUACCAGAAGAGAAAUGUGAUAGCAGAAGCCAAAGAACGUCUCCCAAACACUUAGCCACA